AUGGCAACCAGCAGAGCAGAUCAACACAACAUGGACGCCACAAGCGGCAUGAACGGACGCCACGUGAAUGGGAAGAGCGUGGACAAUGCUUCUCCCGGGAGUUUCAAACGCGUCCUUGUUGUCGGCGGUGGUCCCGUGGGCUGUCUGGCCGCUCUCAAGCUCGGGCAAGCGGGCAUCGAUGUCGAUAUCAUCGAGAAACUGCCGGCAACCAGUGACGCCCCUCGCGCUUGUGGUUACUUUGGCGCCGUCCACUUCUUCCUGAACGAGAUUGGUAUGUACAAGUUGAUCAGGGAACAAGGAUUCAUGACUCGGGGCUUGGUGUGGAGGACCAUGCCCAAGGAUGAUGGAAAAGGAGGCAAGACGCUCGGGGAUGUCAUUGGCGUACAACCACUUUGUGCGCCCGACGACACAGUCCUGGACGUCGGCUCUGGCCUCCUGAAUCUUCCUCAGGCCGACAUCAACAAGCUAUUCCUCCACGAGGCCCUCAAGACAGGUCACGUUCGGAUCUACUUCCGCACCGAACUCGUAUCCAUCCUCCAAAACACCAAAGACGGCGUCGCCAUUCUCAUCCGUGACGUCGAGACAGGAGCCGAAAAGCAAUAUCAAGCGACAUACCUCGUCGGCGCCGACGGCGCCCAUUCCAUGGCGCGCAAGGCUCUCGGUCUUUCUUUCCCAGGCCACACAUGGCCGGAACGUAUCAUCGCCACGGACGUCCUGGUGAAAAAUGAGCCCGCCCCCAUUUUCCACACUCACUUCGUCAUGGACCGCACAUACUACAGCAUUGCCACGCCUCUCGAGGACCCCGUACCAGGCAAAACGACGUUAUGGCGGUACUCUCUGGCCUCAGACCCCAACGACUCCCGAACCGAUGAGGAACUCAUGUCCAAUUCCAACAUCAUGAGUGCGUAUGAGCGCAACAUGCAUGGGCCCCGUCCGUUACAGGCCCAGAUCCAAGCACGAGCAAUCUACCGUAUCCACCAACGGUUGGUCUCGACCAUGCGAAAGGGAAACUGUCUCCUGGCCGGCGACGCCGCACACUUGAACAAUCCCCUCGGCGCCCUCGGAUUGAACACCGGCAUACUUGACGCCGACGCUGCGACCGAAGCCCUCAUCAUGGUCCUGAACGAAGGCUGCUCCGACUCCGUCCUCGACGUCUACUCAGACGAACGCCGCAAAGUAUUCCAGUUCUUCGUGGAUCCGACGUCGACGCAGAAUAAGUUGCGCCUGCAUUCGCAUGACGUCUCGACCGCGGUACAGGACGACUGGUAUCUGCGCAUGAUCAACCAUCCGACGCCGGAGAAGAUGCUGGAACUGAUGAAGCCAUACUUUGAGACGUGGCGGACGGAUAUGAGGAAAGUGACUAAAGGGAUGGUGUAA